CUGACACAUUUAUAUCUGACAUUAAUUCAAUGAACUAUCAUGCUUUGGGAUUUUAGUAGAACCAAUAAUAGACUUUUCCGCAUCAAAGUGAAACUAAUCAGACAGCCAGGCGCCGCCGGACAAGAACGAUAUUUUCUGUGUCGGCAGUAAAGUAUAUGGAACAAGAAUUUGAACGUGGUAAAUACCCCGACAUCCGGCGGCGGGAAGUGAUAGCAGCUGAAAUCGGUGUCCCAGAGGCACGUGUUCAGGUGUGGUUCCAAAACAGACGUGCCCGGAACAACAAACACCGGAAGUCAUGUGACGUCUGUCCUGGUGUGACAAGUAACGCAAACAAACGCCGUAACUCUAGUGACACGUGCCUUGAUUCCAUUGUGACCAAAAGACAGCGGGUAGAAUUUGAUACAGAAAAUUAUCAAGAUCUAAAAAUAGUAAACAGACAUCCAGAAAUGACCUCGACAUCCGGUCAACAUCACGUGUCUACAUGUCACCCCAUGUUUGUGCAGUCAUAUCCUGCCUAUCCGACAUAUUUCAGUCAAGAUCUUGUGCUGUCAUCCUUGUGGAAUCUUUCGAAUGUGAGUACGUCACUUCCGCAGAAAAUCCAAAACGAGGCUGAUACAACAGACGAUUUUGUCAAGCGCCUGUUUAGAUUCAGCGCACGUGGUACCAAAUCUGAUGUAGAACAACACAAAGCAGACGACAACCAACAGAAAAAGAUCGUUCGUAUGAUAGUUCCUACCAAGAGAGCUUCUGAUUGUAUGGUUACAGAGCUUCGUGCCACAGAACGUACUGGAGAAGUCAGUGAAGAGGUUAACCUAGAGGACGAGGAUUCCGGCCUGGAAAAUGACUCUCUCAGUGAUUCCUUGUAAAUUAUAAAAGUCAUGUAACAUACCCAACUGUAUCUACUUGUUUGAGAAAGAACUCCUUCAAGAACCAUGGUGUAGUAUAUUAUUCAAUAAACAUGUUGGUAUCCACCCUGUGCUGUGUAAAUCAUUUAAUUUUAAUUGUUAUAUUUAUAGAAGUUUGAAAGGAACAUUCUUAAAGCAAACUUGUAAAAAUGUUUUAUAAUAUAAGAACAUAAACAUAUUUUUUCCAAUGAUAUAAACCAUUUUUGUUCUUAUAAUUAUGUAUUUCUGUUUCUUUACAAUAGUACCUGUAUAUAUAAAUGUAUGCUUAUUGACUAAACAAUGUGCUAUC